UGCACAAACAGACUUAUUGCGCGGUGAAGACCCAGACACGCACAUGUAAAAGAUGAAGUCCACGUUUUUCUUCUUUUUCAUCAUUUGGUUUGCAGAUGCAGAGCUGAAAACCCGGAAAGGUUCUCGGGUGGUAUGCACUUUCAAAGACAAGACAUACAGCCCAGGAGACAGCUGGCAUCCCUAUCUGGAGCCCUUUGGAUUCAUGUACUGCAUGCGCUGUGUCUGCUCAGAGACAGGCCAUGUGAAAUGUAAAACGAUCAAGUGCCCUGCUCUGCCCUGCGAACACCCAGUAGCUGAGCCUCAGCAGUGCUGUCCCAGAUGCACAGAUGAGCCCAGGACCCCUGCAGGGCUGAGAGCUUCAGUGAAGUCCUGCAGGUACAACGGGAGUGUUUAUCAGCCGGGGGAGACCUUCACCAAGCUCGACCUCUUCCCUUCCAAGCAGAGCAACCAGUGUGUCGUGUGCACAUGUUCUAAUGGAAAUAUCUUCUGCGGUCUGAAAACAUGCCAACCAAUCACCUGUUCCUCUGCAGUCUCAGUCCCAGACACCUGCUGUUUGGUGUGCAAAGAUACUGGCACAAGUGGGUCCUCAUCAACUGAGGAGGGAAACCAGCAACUGAACAGAGGCGUUAGGCAUUCAGUGGAUCAGUGUUCUGGAGAGCCUGGCAGGGUGCGGUUCGACCGUGCCACUCCCCCCAGGGUCAGGGCUGUUCUCAGAGGCUUCGCUAGACUCAACCUUAAAGGGGCUUCAGAGACCACCGUGAAGAUUUUGUUGCAGAGGAAACACCAUAGAGCGUGUUCCUACAAUGGCAAGACGUACUCUCAUGGAGACAUGUGGCACCCAGUUUUGGGUAAGGUCCUGGAAUGCAUCCUGUGCACUUGUACUGAUGGCCUCCAGGACUGCAAACGCAUCACUUGUCCCAGCCAGUACCCAUGCCAACUUCCUAUAAAAUCAGUGGGAAAGUGCUGCAAGACUUGUCCAGAACGUAAAACUGAACGUAACCAGACCCAGUGUUAUACUGGACAUAAAAGCAAUGUCUUAGUGUAUAAAGUGGACUCAUCGAUUAGAGUGGACCCACCCGACACGGUCAGGAUCAUUGCUGUUGAAAAACAAAGUACUGCUGAGGUCGAAGUGCAAGUAUGGAAGACUGUAGAAGGUGUUUUAGAACUAAUGGAUAUUGGUGACGUUGAAAGAAAAAAUAUUGUGGAUAAUCCAGGAAAUUACACAUUACUGACAACACUUAAUGAAGAGACGUGGAACAAGUUUAAAGAGGAGGGAGAACAUCUGAGUACAGCUCCUCAGACGACAAUCUGUGAAGACGGCAUUCGGGAGAUGGUGACUUUCUUAAAUCCCAAGCAGACAGAAGACGUAUGCUCACCCUGAAGGUUGUUUCACUCCCGUGACACUCUUUGUAUCGACCAAUAGCUACAUGGAUAUCAUACAGUAAAUACUUUAUUCAUACAUGUUGAACUUGGAUGUCCUGCGUCAUUCCUGUAUUACAAGUGGAAUUUCAAAAUUAUAAUAUUGUUUUUCCUGUUUUUAACCAUCACACAUAUUUUAAAGUUACAAAACACAACUGGCAGAUAGUUCUGACACCUUUCUUGAUUAAAAUGUGUUUAUGUUUUGUGGAGUAUAGAGAUCAGAGUUUAGAGCAGGAGACGCCCUCAGUGUGAAUCUUUUGGAUGAUUGAGGACCUUUGGGCAUCUGUUCAAAAUGUAAAGGUUUUCUAAGGCUGUUAUAUGAUUAUCAACAUAUUUAUUGUUAAUACAAACAGAGCUUUGUCAACUUAUUUAAAAUGUAUGGUUUUUUGAAUGCUAUUUGUAUAUACAUUUACAUUUCUUUGCAUCCAGAGUCAUUUUAUUAGGGUUUGAUCUGUCAGCCAAUACAGGGCUGUGCCGAAGCUGCUUGUUUUUGAGCGAGAAAACAGCCUUUUCCUAAUCCUUCUGAUGUGAAAAUGAAGACAUUGUUUAGCUAUUUUUAUGCAGCCACAGGAUUUGGUUUGUUAUUAUACACUAAUGACUUUCUACCAAUCCACAUACCAGAAAUAUUUCUUUUUUAAAGUGGUCAUAUUCGAUAUAGCUGAAUGCACUCUGUACAUCUGCUUACAAUUUUAACCCAUAAAGUUAUUCAGUGUUUUUACACAAGUCAAAA